CUAGUACCUUCCGUGGCUAGCGGGCUGCCCGCCGCGGCAUGUACCAGUACCACCACCACAGUCCUCCUGUACUACGGCCAAACAUCGCAUAUCAUAUAUCACAUCUAUAUUAUGCCGGCCAGCCUGUUCCUGUCUUCCAAGGCCCUGAUCACAUCUGCUCUGCCACCAGGCUAUUCGGUGAUCAGCAGCCAGGACGACGCCCCUUGUUAGUCCAUUAGCCUACCUUUGCGAGCCAAGGGCGGGCUGGCUCUGAUGAUGCAAUAUUCCCUAUCUAUCCAACACUGAAUGUUCAUCAUAUCGAGUACUGACACUAUCGAGUUUAUUUCUCCGAGUUCUCCUGACAGUAAUAUUCGUC